AUGGUGUCUUCAUUAAUGCCUUGUUGUGCCGUUCGUGUGCACGUGACCCACGCUCAGUGCCCUUCAGCAUUGCAAACGGUCAUGACUAUGGUCGAAGUGACGAACUCCCCGAUCUCAAUGAUGUUGCGAUGA